AUGCCGACAGAGUGUGCAUCAGUCCGACGUGCAGUCUCGCGCCCAUGCGCGCUCGCACUCGUGCUUAUCGCGGCCGCUUCAACUUUCGCAGUGGUCUCCGCCGAUACACAAGUGCGGGAAGGUGUCACGGGUCUUACUCAUGAUCACGACGUCACUAUGCGUCGAUUAAGCGGUGCCACCGGGGACGAGGACAAAACCGUGCCCUUCAACUCGUGGAACAACACCAUCGACACCCUCCGCUAUGGUCUCGCGUUCGUCAUCGUCCUGGUGGCGGCCCACCCGCUCGGACUCUUCUUCCCCAAGUUUUUCAAGCUGCCUCUCAUCACGGGCUACCUGGUCAUCGGCAUCAUCGCCGGACCGUUCGUGACCAACCUGCUGACGGAUGGCCUCGUGAAUAUGUUGUCGAGCUACGUGAGCGCUCUGGCGCUGUCGUUCAUCUCGUUCCAGGCUGGCCAAGAAAUUUACCUUCCGGAAUUGCGACCGCAGCUCAAGUCAAUCAUGAUUCUGUUGGGUGCUCUCUACGUGACGGCCAUGAUCAUCCUGACCGCUGCGAUUUUGCUGACGGAGAGCGCCUUCUUCUACGACGACAUGGGAUUCCUAUGCCAGUUGGGUAUCGCGCUCAUGUUCGGGUCCAUCUCGGUGCUGGGCUCGCCUGCGACUGUGAUGGCCAUCAAGAUCGAGCUCAACAGCGUGGGUCCGUUCACGAGUCUGAUGCUGGGCGCGACGAUGACGGCGGAGUUCGUGGUGCUGGUGUCGUUUUCGGUCUCUCGUAUCGUGUGCUCCAUCUACUGCGCCGAGUUGAAUGUGUCAGUGAGCAACCUCAUGUUCACACUGGGCAUCGUAAUGUCGAACGUGCUUCUCGGUGUGAUCCUAGCGGGCUUUACCUACUUGAUCUUCAUGAUUCCGGGCGGUGAGACUCACCACGGCGAACAUGCCGAGUACUGCGACGGCCACGCGCCCAACAACCCGCUCUACUACAACCAGAAGACGGACUCGAAGCCCUCAAUCAUCGACGUGGAUAGCCAGCCGCACCCACACAACGCUUUCGACGAGGAUGUCGAGCAGGGCAAAGCAAGCACCGAGUCUUCCUCAUUGCUGACGCCGUAUGCGACGCUAUGCUUGAAGGGUUUGAUCUGGUUGACUAUGGGGUAUGUGUUCUACAUCUCUACCUCUACGGUUGCCAAGGCAACCGCUGCAGCCUACGGUCUCUCGUGGGAGAUUAAGUUUGAGCCGCUGCUCGUGCUCAUGAUCGCUUCGUGCAUCGCCGGACACCAAACUGCCAUCCGUCACGACAUGCACGUGAUCCUCGACACCGCCGCUCCCUACUUGUUCCUGCCGUUCUUCGUCAUGACGGGCGCGGCUCUGAAGCUGGACCAAGUGGUGGCGGCCAUUCCGCUCAUGACGGUGUACGUCUUGCUUCGAUACGUGGCGAUCUUCAUCGCAUGCUACUUCGGUGGACGCUUCCUGUUGAAGCUCACGCCCCGGCAGUACAACAACUUGUGGUUGACGAUGACGCCGCAGGCUGGUGUGGCGCUGGGUUUGGCCAACGAGGUGAAGGCGAUGAGCAGUGAACCGUGGGCUGCUGAGUUUGCGGCCACUAUCGUGGCUGCUGUGGUGGUGAACCAGAUCGUUGGCCCCGUGCUGUGUGCGAUGGGUUUGAGCCGAGCUGGUGAAACACUCGCAGACCGGGCAGCAGAAGACCACGACGAGAAAGCGAGCGCAGAUAUGAAGGAUUUGGAUGCUGACAACGAUGGGGACGAAGGUGACCACAAAGAUCGUCGCAGUCGCGCCUCUGUCAGAGUCAGCACAGCCAGCCGGUUUACACUGCAUGAAGGUGCAGACCCCCACGCGCCGUUGCCAUUCUACAAGGUGAAAAACGCAGUUGUGAUCGGUGACGACGAAGCUGCCUUUGAGAUCGCGCUCAACUUGUCGCUCUACGGAGCGCAAGUCAACGUGCCUCUGCUGGACGAGGAGCGCACCAGCAAGUGGAAGAAGAUGAACGAGACCAUUCUCUCGCGUACCGCCAAGGGCGAGCUCAUCUCGUACAAGAACACCCUCAAGGACCGUGACAACGCGCAGGCCAUGUCGUCGGCCGACGUCCUCAUCUUCACAGGCGACGCCAACCGCACACGCGAGAACGUGCAACUGCUCAAGUCUUUGCUCGGUGCCUCACACCCGCGUAUGAUCGCGCUUGUCCCGGACUGCAAGUUCAGCAAGGAGAUGAAGGCCCAGGGAGUGCUGGUCAUCCAACCGUCCAUUGCCUUGGCCAACAUCGCCACGCGUAUGGCACUGCUGGACCAGAGGCUGGCGCAGGCGCUGUCGAAUGAGAUCAGUACGACGAGCGACUUCAACACGGCGUCGUACUUCCUGCGGGCUGAUAGUGCAGAUCGGGGCUCGCUGUCGGAUAUGCGUUUAGAGGGCCGUCGUUUGGCGCUCGGCCGGAGCGUGGUGAACCACCACUCGGUGAACUACGAUCGUCUCGCGGAGGCAUUAUCGACCGAGAACUUGCCGAUGCCUCCGCCGCCGUCGCGUGUGGCCAUGUUCGGUACUUCCGCCGCAGGGUUCGACCCGUUUACGACUCGUGACAAUGGAUCGGCAUUCUUUGUCAUGCAUGACGAUCCUGAUGAGGGUGAAAUUGUGGUGGGCAUCCCUUACGGACAACGGAGGUCGUUGUCGAACCGUCGGAUCAGUCUUUCAUCCCGAGCAUCUACCAUUAGAUUCUCGAGCGAAGCGCGCCAUCGACCUGGUGUGAACAAAUCCUAA